UCUCUUUGGUUCACAGCCUCAGCCAGCGUCCCGCUGCAACUUCUCAGAGCUGCGCUGUGCAGACCGUGCAAUCUGUGCACGAUCUGCACAGGUUGCAGCAGCCCUCGAAGAACGCGCAUCUGUGCAGAACUGUGCAGAUCUUGUCGGGUAUUAUUGGCUGCAGACUAAACCGGGCUUGACAGGCUAGUCUCCCUGUCGAAGCAAGGGCGGGAUCGCGUUGAGAAAGAGGGCGUUAUGAAAGUGGAUACUGGAGUAGCCAUGUCGGCUCCGACUCAGUUGUGUUUUGCUGGGCAAUAAUGUCCUGUCGUGGAUCUCAAAUGGCGCCAGUUUCGUCUCUGUGCUUUGUACUGCGCAUGCUCAAUGAGCUUUGUGUGUCAAAGCUGCUCCUCGUGCGUUGUAGUUUGUUUGAUUUAUUAACAGAUUGGAGUGUUUUUUUUCUUAAUUUAUUAAUCUAUAUUAAUGUUUUUAGUUAAAGUGACGGUUUAGAUGUGAAAAGGAAGUCUUGGGAUCGAUUAAAGAAAGAAACAACGACAGCUAACGCCGACUGCAGAGAGAUACAGAGGAGAGAGUUGAGAAGCUGAUACAUUUCCCAGUAAGCGCGUCCCGUUUGGUCCUGCUGCAGCGCUCUUUUCUGUGAGAACGGAUCAGCUUCACUCAAAGGAAGUUUCUGAGAUGGAAGCAGCUCACAUCAGCCCAGAGCUUCCUAUUCGAUGGGUUGUUUCUGCAGACAGGACUGUUGAGAUCAAGGAGGAAGUGACUGAGCUGGGGUGUGACCAGGCCAAUGAGCGGAUCCUGCAGGAGGAAACGCCACCUUCUAGCAUCACUGAGAGAGGUACUGGUAUGACACUGGUACGUCUUGGUAGAAGAGAAGAAUCAGAAAUGGCAUCUUCUCACAUUAAAGAGGAGACUCCUGAACUGGAACCUGUCCUCGCCAAAGAAGAAGUCACAGUGCUGGGACCUGUCCACCUUGAAGAGAAGAGUCCUGUAUUCGACCUUUUGCGGUCCUGUUUCGGAUCUGGUCCGACAUCGCAAAAAUCUCUUUCCAGUCCGUUGUCGGACCCUGUCCGACAUUGCCGAAAAAGGCAGAAAAAAACCAAGACAACUAAUUCCCUAAUCGUCUCUGAUCAGAGAGAAGGCGGAAACAACCAAAUAGACCAUUUACAAACUGAGGAAAGCCGAAUUGAACAGACAGAGACUGAGACGCACAGAGAAAAACUGGCACAGAGCAGGCAGAGAGAGUCACUGCAGCCUGAAGAACUUGCACAGAUGAUGGAUGAGGCAGAAAGUCCAGACGAAAGCGGUUUGGAUGAUGAUUUUGAUCAAUCCAGCGACGAGGAGGCAGUAAAUUUUUUGCUUAAUGAGGACUCUGAGGAAUCCGAGAAAUGUGACCACGAACCAGACACACAGCCGGAGGAGGGAUGGAAACAAGCACCUGUAAGCGCGGAUGCUUUCACAAAACUCCCAUUUACUGUGAGAAAUAAGGGAUUUCAAGGGAGUACGACUUUGAGAACCGAACUGGAGUUUUUUCAGCUGUUUUUCACAGACGCUCUGUGCACUGAAAUUGUAAAUGAAACCAACAGACAUGCGAGUGUAAAACUAACAGGACCGCGGUGUCACAACUCUAUUUGGAACUCCUGGAAACCUGUUACGUUACCUGAGAUGAAGGCGUUUUUUGGUGUCGUGCUGAACAUGGGACUGAACGUAAAAACGGACAUAAAAGAAUACUUCUCUGGGGAAUGGCCCGACAGAAUGCCGUUUUUCAAAGAUGUGUUCAAGAGAUCGCGUUUCUUGCAGAUAUUUUGGAUGCUGCACCUUUGCCCUCCCCCCACCCAGGUGCCUCAGACUGCUUUUGUUAGCAGAGGACAAAAGGUCAGGAAUGUGGUCAGCUACAUAGACUCAAAAUGCCGCGAGCUGUUUAUCCCAGGUAGAGACAUUUGCAUUGAUGAGAGCACCGUUGGCUUCAAAGGAAGAAUUAUCUUCAAGUGCUACAAUCCUCAGAAGCCUACCAAGUGGGGGAUGCGUGUGUUUGUUUUAGCUGACUGUGAAACGGGUUAUGUCUCUGCUAUUGUUCCUUACUUUGGCAGCCCAACGACAGACUCCCUGCCAAGACCUGACAUGCAGUUCUCAUCAAGGAUUGUCCUUCACCUGUGUAAAACAUUGCUGAGGACAACAAACGGACACGGCUUUCAUUUGUUUACAGACAGAUUUUACACGGGGUACGACCUGGCCAUGGAGCUGCUCAAAAUAAAAAUCCACCUUACUGGAACAAUAAUGGCCAACAGAAGAGGAUUGCCAGCACCCGUGAAGCAAGGUCUCAAACUGAAAACAAACGAGCCAGUCUCAUUCAGCAAGGACAACAAGGUCAUGGUGCUGGGAUGGAAGGACAAACGGCUAGUGCUCAUGUUGAGCACCUUCCAUGGCAGCGACUGUGAGAAGGUACAACGCACCAUCAAGAGAGGAGCAAUUGAAGAGCUGGAGAAGCCUUCAGUGAUCUGUGAUUACACCAGCAAGAUGGGUGCAGUGGACCGGGCGGAUCACUACUGUGCCAGCUACGCUUUCUCGAGAAAGUCUGUGAAGUGGUGGAGGAAGAUGUUCUUUUGGCUACUGGAAGUAGCCAUUGUGAACAGUGCUAUCCUGUUCAAUUUGAUGAAGGUAGAAUCUGGACAGUUACCGGUCCGCCAUAAAACCUUCAGGAAAGCCUUACUGGUACAACUGGUGGGAAAUGUUCGCAACACUGGCUCGAGAAAACGCGGUCGUCCGUCAUCCGUAGACAGAGAAGACAGACUGAAUGGAAAGACACAUUUCCUCGCCAAAAAGGAAUCGAAGAGCACCAAAGACUGCACAGUGUGCAGUGACAGAAAGAAAAAAGGGGGGAGGAGAGAGACUGUGUGGUUCUGCAAAACCUGCUCAAGGAAGCCAGGGUUACACCCAGGUGACUGUUUUGAAAGGUUCCACACCAUGGACAAAUACAGGUGAUUUCUGUGUG